AUGGAGAGAGAUUUUCUCGGGCUGGGUUCAAAAAAUUCUCCGAUUACUGUGAAGGAGGAAACCAGCGAAAGCUCCAGAGAUUCAGCUCCGAAUAGAGGAAUGAAUUGGUCCUUCUCAAACAACUCUGCUGCUGCUUCUCAGUUUCUAACUUUCAGGCCAUCUCAAGAAGACAGACAGAGAAAGUCUGGAAAUUAUCAUAUGCCUCACUCUGGUUCAUUCAUGCCAUCAUCAGUAACUGAUGUAUAUGACUCAAACCGCAAAACUCCUUACAGUUCUGUUCAGGGAGUCAGGAUGUUCCCUAAUUCGAAUCAACAGGAAGAAACUAUCCCAGCUUCCAUGUCCAUGUCGGGUUUUCAGUCUCAUUAUGCGCAAGGAGGAAAAAGCUUCAUCAACAAUAUCAUAAACUCACAACCUUUGGUAGGAGUUCCUAUCAUGGCACCUCCCAUUUCAGUCCUUCCUGCUCCAGGUUCAGUUGUAGGGACAACUGAUAUUAGAUCUUCCUCCAAGCCAUUAGGAGCACCUGCUCAGUUGACGAUCUUUUAUGCCGGUUCAGUUUGUGUUUACGACGACAUAUCUCCUGAGAAGGCCAAGGCAAUAAUGUUGCUAGCUGGGAACGGUUCACCUAUGCCUCGAGCCUUUUCACCGCCUCAAACUCAUCAACAAGUGGUCCAUCAUGCUCGUGCUUCUGUUGAUUCUUCAGCUCUGCCUCCUAGCUUCAUGCCUACAGUCUCUUAUCGUAGCCCUGAAGCUGGAAGUAGCACUAAUGGACUUGGAGCACCAAAAGCAACCAGAGGCUUUACAUCAACUUACCACAACAACCAAACUAAUGCAUCCAAUAUCAACUGUUCAAUGGCAGUUUCUUGUUCAACCAAUGUAAUGGCUCAAACAGUGGCUUUACCUCAGGCUCGCAAAGCAUCUUUGGCUAGGUUCUUAGAGAAACGCAAAGAAAGGGUCACGAGCGUAUCACCAUAUUGCUUAGACAAGAAGUCAUCAACGGAUUGUCGCACACCAAUGUCUGAAUGCAUAAGCUCUUCUCUCAGCUCUGCAACCUAA